UUCAAAGUCAAACCUCAGAGUCGUAAAUUCUCAGCGACUUUUCUUCUUCUAUUUCCCAACCAAUUCCAUUUCCUUUUUUUCAUCUAAAUCAUCAAUUUCCUUUCUCCAACUUCAUCGUUACUAUUCUUCUCUGUAAAUAGGUGGUUGUAUAUUGAUUGAGACUAUAUUAGGUUUUUUAUUUCUGUGUGGCAUUGCGUUUUUUUUUUUAAUUUCUGAUUGUGAAAAAAAAAAUGGGAGCGGUUUGUUCGGCGGGGAUGACGGAGGGAAAUGCAGAACUUGGAGGAGGAGGAGGAGGGAAGACUUUGGGGUUUUCUGGGAAGCUUAUUAAGAAGGAAAAAUGUUUCCCGAAUCUGAAACAAACUUUUCCAGAUUCAAGGUCUAAUAGUCAAGGUAAAAACCAAAAUGACAGAGAAAAUGGAAUUUCCAAUGAAUUCGGUUUAUCCACUUCUGAUUCAAUUGGGGAAAAACAGAUCACCCGAAAGAGCUCUUUACUGAGUAAAGCUAGCUAUAGGGCAGUGGACGUUCUGGACACACUUGGAAGUGGUAUGCAAAAGUUAAACACCAGUGGCGGGUUUUCCUCUAGCAUGACUUCUAGAGGGAAGAAAGUAUCAAUAUUGGCAUUUGAAGUAGCUAAUACAAUAUCCAAAGGAUCCAUUUUAUUUCACUCACUUUCUCAAGAAAACAUGCAGCUCCUUAAGAGGGAAAUUUUACAAUCGAAAGCCAUUCAGCAAUUAGUCUCAACUGAUACGAAAGAGUUAAUAAGUUUUGCUGAGAUGGACAAAAGGGAAGAAUUCAAUAUCUUUUCACGGGAAGUAAUUAGAUUUGGAAAUAUGUGUAAAGACCCUCAAUGGCACAACCUAGAUCGAUAUUUCUCAAGAUUAGACUCGAAUGUCUUGGGCGACAAACAACAUCAGGUAGAUGCUGAAAAGACAAUGCAGGAGUUUGCAGAUCUAGUUGAUCUCACUGCGGAAUUAUACCGCGAAUUAAGUACCUAUGAACGCGAUCAACAUGAUUAUAAACAAAAAAUUAAGGAAAUGGAGUCCUUGAAUCUUCCUCUAAAAGGGGACAGUAUCACACUUUUUCAAAGUGAGUUAAAGCAUCAAAAAAAGCUCGUGAGGAACUUGAAAAAGAAGUCUCUUUGGUCCAGAAAUUUAGAGGAGAUAGUUGAAAAGCUUGUUGAUAUUGUUAUCUAUAUACAUCAAGCAAUUUACGUGUUCCUUGGAAACCAUGGUACUGAUGCUGUCAAGUAUGGUAAAGGUCCUCAAAGACUUGGUGAAGCUGGUCUUACUCUACACUAUGCUAACAUGAUCAAUCAAAUAUAUAUGAUUGCAUCUCGCCCAGCUUCCCUUCCUACAAAUACGAGGGAUACAUUAUAUCGAGGUUUGCCAAACAAUAUUAAGAAUGCCCUUCCAUCCCAGCUGCGAACCAUUUCUAUCCCGAAAGAGCAAUCAUUGACUCAUAUCAAAGCUGAAAUGGAUAAGACUCUUCAGUGGCUUGUACCAUUUGCCGCAAAUACAAUCAGAGCUCAUCAAGGCUUUGGAUGGGUUGGUGAAUGGGCAAACACAAGUAAUGACUUUGGCGAUAACACGUCCAAAGAAAGUAACCCGAUUCGCCUCCAGACACUUCACUACGCUGAUAAACAGAAAAUAGAUGUUUACAUUAUUGAAUUGCUGGUAUGGAUUCACCAUUUGAUUAACUCUGUAAGAUCCAGACAAAAUGCCUCGAGGCCAAUGGCAAUGCCCACGCAGUCUCCUCUCAAGAGACCUGAACUUCAGUCUAAGAUGCGACAGUUUUUGAUUCUGUCAUUGGACCGAAACAAUAAGCCAUUGGGAACUGAACUUUCUCCAGAGGAUAGGAUGUUGCUGGAGAAAGUAAUUGCAACGAGGAGGAGCCCAGGAGUUAGCAAAAGCGAGGAACUUGGUGUUGCCAAGAAAACUAAAGCCAAGCUUAAGUUCAAAAGUGCUGGGAGUUCCCCUGUUAAAGAGUCCUUGGGUACCACACUCAUUGCCAAAGACCGAAGAUAUAAUGCUUUGGAUAUUAUGGAUGGCUUAGGGUCUUGAAUUCUUCAUUCAUUUAUAGGUCUCGCGCUAUUUAUUUUUUCUUUUGAAGACCUCUUGCUACUUCACUUUCUUAGAUGCUGGCCUUAAUUCUUCAAUUUUUUUUUUACAAUUUUAAUCCUGUAUAUAUAUAUAAAUAUAUAUCCAUAUAUAUAACUCAUGAUAUUAUAUUGAAAUAGUUGAAUUCUUUACAUUGUUUGCAA